CCAGUUCUCCCCCACAUGCACUUGCUGCAGCAACCGUAGUACACAAGCACACACCACCUCGUCUCCACCUCCCCUGUUCUCAGCGUGCUUGCCCUGUUUCGACCUCCUCUGCUCAUCCGCCUCCCUCGCCCGCCACGCCCCACCGUAGUACAGGCCGGCAGACAGCCAUGGUGGUGCUCGCCAACCCGCCUGUCGUCGACCAGAUCCCGCUGCUGCGGUCCCCGGGGCCCAGGGACACCUUCUCGGGCGUGCCGGUCGUCGACCUGUCCAGCCCCGCCGCGGCGCGCGCGAUCGUCGACGCCUGCGAGCGCUUCGGCUUCUUCAAGGUCGUCAACCACGGCGUGCCCGCGGCCACCAUGGGCAGGGCCGAGUCCGAGGCCGUCAGGUUCUUCGCGCAGGCGCAGGCCGACAAGGACCGCGCCGGCCCGGCGUACCCGUUCGGCUACGGCAGCAAGCGGAUCGGGCUCAAUGGCGACAUGGGGUGGCUCGAGUACCUCCUCCUCGCCGUCGACUCCGCGUCGCUCUCCGACGCCUGCCCCGUCCCCUCCACCGCCGCCUUCCGGAGCGCGCUGAACGAGUACGUCGCGGCGGUGCGGAAGGUGGCGGUGCGCGUGCUGGAGGCGAUGGCGGAAGGCCUGGGCAUUGCGGACGCGGCCGCGCUGAGCUCGAUGGUGACCGGCGCCGGCGGCGACCAGGUGUUCCGCGUGAACCACUACCCGCCGUGCCCGGCGCUGCAGGGCCUGGGCUGCAGCGCCACGGGCUUCGGCGAGCACACCGACCCGCAGCUCAUCUCCGUGCUCCGCUCCAACGGCACGUCCGGCCUGCAGAUCGCGCUCCGCGACGGCGCGCAGUGGGUGUCCGUGCCCUCCGACCGCGACGCCUUCUUCGUUAACGUCGGCGACUCGUUGCAGGUGCUGACGAACGGGAGGUUCAAGAGCGUGAAGCACCGGGUGGUGACCAACAGCCUCAAGUCUAGGGUUUCCUUCAUCUACUUCGCGGGACCGGCGCUGGAGCAGCGGAUCGUGCCGCUGCCGGAGCUGCUGGCGGAGGGCGAGGAGAGCCUGUACAAGGAGUUCACGUGGGGCGAGUACAAGAAGGCCGCGUACAAGACGAGGCUCGGGGACAACAGGCUGGCCCAGUUUGAGAAGCGUAGCAUCUAGCUGGCCUAGCCAUGCAGGCCGGCCCGGCCGGUCAAGCACAACACAUGCUUUACAGGACGACACACAGGCAACCAUGACGAACGAACGAACGAACGAACGAACGAACGAAGACGAGCGAGUUUUAAUGAUGGCGAAGAAGAAGGAGGAGGUAAAGACGAUGAUGACAUGAUGUGUACAGCUGGGGAACGGCGACUACUCCGGUAGCUAGAUUUUUGUGGUGGGUGCAGGGUUUCCGCAAGUUGCUCUAAUGGCCUGUUUUGGGGCGUGCGGUGGGGCUCCUUGCCUAUUUCGGUAUGCUGGAGCUGGACCGGCGACCGCUGAGCCGCCGCCGCCGCCGCCGCCGGUAGUUAGCGUUAACCAAAAUAGCAUGGCAGCGAAGGGACGAUCCUUCCUCUCUGGCUCGCUAGCUUCCCACGUUAGCUUGCUUCUGCUUUGCUUUCCUAGUUUUCUUUUUGUGUGUGUGUUUUUUAAGCAUCAAUUCGCGUGUAUGUAUUGUCGUGUAAAAGGAGAGAGGUUUGUGUGUGUGCGCGCGCCUAUGUGGACCUCCUGUUUACCUCUUACCUCUUGACGUGCCAAUAAUGUUCCAUCCACUGAUCCACGGGCCACGGCCAUUCCUCU